AUGCAGAUCAGUUUUAUCCUUGCAUUAGCAGUUACUGCAAAAUUGGCAUUUGCCGAUGAUGAUACUACUACCAGUUCAACAACUUCAAGAGCUACCACCACUUCAGCCUCAGCCACCACAAGUGGCUCGCUUAGAACCACCAGCACCAACCCAUGUUCAUUUUCAAGAACUACCAUGUCGGCUGCCACUGCAGUUGGCCAGUUGAAUGCCUGUUCCACUUUGGAUGGAGAUAUCACCAUCACCGGUAACGAGAUAGGAGUACUUGACUUGUCGGGCGUGGAAGAGAUCAAAGGUGAUCUCACCAUCUUCAACGCACCCAGUCUUGUUUCUUUGAACUUCAACAGGUUGGAAACUAUUAGUGGGUCCUUGGUGUUGAACAACAACACUCAUUUGCAAGCCAUCGACAUGACUUCGUUGACCGUUGCCGACGAUUUGCAAUUUAUUUCCUUGCCAGGUUUUGCGACUUUGAAUUUAAACCAAGGUGUUAGCAGAGCUGGAAGAGUGGUUCUUUCAGACACGGCUUUGGAAAAUUUGAAUGGAUUGGCCCAUUUUGAUACCAUCGACUAUAUGAACAUCAACAACAACAAGAACAUUGUUGAGAUCAAUUUUGAAGACUUGGAAACGGUUACCGAUGCCUUGAUCUUGAGCUUUAACCACGACGACGCCGUUGUCAGUUUGAACUCGUUGAGAUGGGCCGGUAACUUGACGGUGCAGGAUGUUGCCGAGUUUUCAGCUAGAAACUUGACUGCGGUUAAUGGCUCCUUGUCAAUCAGUUACAAUAGCUUUGAAAGCCUCAACAUUUCCAGUUUGACCACUGUUGGCUCGUCUUUGCAAGUUUUCGCCAAUGACGAGAUAACCGACUUGAGUUUUGGUUCAUUAAGAGAAAUUGGCGGAGAAUUGAGGUUAUUUAACAACACCUUGUUGGAAGACUUGAACGAUUCAUUUAGUGCAUUGCAAAGAGUCAGAGGUGCUGUUAGUAUCACUGGUCCAAUUGCCAAUUUCUCCGUUGCAAGUUUGGAAAGAGUCGAUGGUGACUUUGAGCUUACUUCUACUUCGGAAGAUUUUGAUUGUUCAAGAUUAGAUGAGUUGCACGAUGAUGGCGAUAUUCAGGGCCACAAUUAUGUCUGUACCCACGCCGAAGUCGAAGCUUCCUUGACAGAGUCUACUUCCACCGGUGCUUCAACUACAACAGCUGGUGGCUCAACUACAACAAGAGAAAGCAACGCAGACAAGCCAUACACUCCAGCUGGCAUGCUUGCCUGUUUCCUUGCUGGUGUUUUGACCUUUUUGUAG